AUGGCUUUCCAGGAACCACAAACAAUGCGCGGUGCGAUUUUAUUUAGGCAGUUGUUCGAGAAAACCUCAUCGACAUACACGUACAUUUUGGGGUGUCGAGAAACGCGAGAGGCUUUGAUCAUUGAUCCCGUUGUAGAGACUGCACAAAGAGAUGCCAAAUUGAUAAGCGAACUCGGUCUACGCCUGAAGUACGCGCUCAACACGCACAUUCACGCUGAUCACAUAACUGGUACAGCUGCUUUAAGAAAACUAGUCUCCGGCUUCGAAUCGGUGAUUGCUAAAGAUGGUGGUGCGAAAGCUGAUCUACAUGUUACCCACGGAGAUAUCAUUAAGUUUGGAAAAGAACAAUUGGAAGUACGAGCCACUCCAGGACACACGAAUAGUUGCUUAACUUAUGUCGAUCAUCGCAAUCGAAUGGCCUUCACCGGGGAUGCGUUGUUGAUCCGAGCUUGUGGGAGAACCGAUUUUCAACAAGGUGAUUCGAGAAAGCUUUACAAAUCGGUGACCACGCAAAUCUUUUCGCUACCCGAUGAUUAUUCGCUCUUUAUCGGACACAAUUACGAUGGAAUUGGGGAAACCACUGUGGCGGAAGAAAAACAAUGGAACCCUCGGCUUACAAAGAGCGAAGAGGAGUUUGUGGAGAUCAUGAAAAAUCUCAAUUUAUCACCACCAAAACAAAUCGACCGGGCCGUGCCCGCCAAUUUGGUUGAUGGAGACAUU